AUGGCGGCUUCUGGCGUCACAUACGACGGCGUGCCCAGCGCACAAGGCGGCAACAUUUUCAAAGACAUCAAGUUUUGGGUCUCUCAUAGAGUCCCCCAGAGACCCGCCAUUCUCGGCCAUAUCACGAGCAAUGGAGGCGUCAUCAAGCCACUGGAAAAGGACGCCGACAUGCUCAUAGCCGACUGCGCGAGAAAGGACGCCCCUGCCGACUCGUACUCGUGGAAAUUCAUUACCGAUUCCAUCGCCAAAGGCAUCAUCCAGUUAGAGGAUCGUUAUUGCAUCGGGGUCAAUCGAAGCGAGCCAAGGCCAGCAAGGCCAGGACGCUCGACAAAGUCAACAAGAACGCCAUUUACGCUUGCAGAUGACGUUUCCCUGGCCAGAUGGGUGCUCUCAUUCAGCGGCAAUCGUACGGGAAACGCAAUCUACCUGGAGUUUGAGGGAAAGAACUCUCGGCACACGUGGCAGUCGUGGAGGAACAGGUAUAUGAAGGCCCUGAUGCCCAGAGGAGAGGACAGUCUACGGAAACUGGCAAACCAAGAGCUGCCCGCGGGUGACCCAGAAGAGUCCAGAAAUGCGCCCCGGGCCAACCAGGGACCGAGCAGAGUCGGAAAACCCAGUGUCAAAAGUCGCCAAGACCGAACACCCGGCCCUGCAGCUCCUAGAGCCUUCCUCUCCUCACCUGCACAGGCUGCUACAAGAACCCCGAGAACCGCCUCUCCCAUCGGGAAGGAGAAGGUUCCGCCUGACAACCAAGCACCUCCGCCCGCGAGUCCCGAGACUCGAGAAGACGAUGGCUCUUUUGUUGAAAUCCAGUCAUUUUACGACAACUUGCACAUGUUUCGCGAAGAAAACAACUUGGAAACCCAAGACGAACAUAAGAUUGGACGCAAGAUCGUCGGCCUCUGGGAACUUAGCGCGGCAGCCCUCAAGCAAGACGUGCCUCGUGUCUCACUGGAUGAUGUGGAUUGGUCCCUGGUCGCAAAGGACUUGGGUUAUGAUCCUGACCUGGAACAUGAAGUACCUUUCGAGCUGCGGCAGUGCUUCGAGGCCAACCUCGCGGAAUUCUGCGAAGCAAUGGAAAGCUUCGACGGGGAUGCCGACGAGUCUGACCAGGUAUCCGAGUUGGCUUCCCCGCGGCAAGCACACCGAGGACUCGGGAAUGACUUGCAAUCUUCGCCUCUUGCGCAGGUCGUUGGCAGGAAGCGGUCGCUGGAUUCUGGGCCGUCUUCAUCCGGACGUACCACCAAACGAAGACGAGGCCCCAGCCGCGAUGUCGAGAUCCCUGCAACUCCAGAGGACAAGGUUGGAUUCACGGACCGUCGAAAAUCCUUGCAGACACAGUCGCCGAGCAUUCGAAGGAAUAUCGUGGCAACCGUGGAACAAGCUCGAGGCGCCGGAGCAUCCCGUCGAGUGCCAUCGCGACCGAGCGCGCAGCAUGCAGACGAGCGCGCAAUGUCGACCGAGCGUGGCGCGGGUUUUGAAAGUCAAGCUCGACCAUCGGCAGAUUCGGAGGCGCCGCAGGACCAGGACGACAUGACGCCCUCACAGCAGCUGCAUUUCGAGGAGUUUGACUCAAGCCCAAUCCCUCUGCACAUGGCGAACGGACGCAGCGACGCCGCAUUGGAACCAGCAAUGGGGACUCCUCGUCCUCGGCACACGGCAAACGCUGCUGCCUUGACUGCUGGACCGCAGGCAAACACAAAGGCUUCGAGACGAUCCCUGCCAGCAUCUUUCGGUGCGCCCGCAAGCCGAGCUCUCGGGAGACCUGCCGACGAAUCUGCAGGACCUCAUCGACAAUUCCAGGCACCGCCAGCGGCCGAAAGUCGGAAUCCCCCAAGAGAAGGACCCAAGAGAAGCCGAAUAACAGAGCACGUUGAAUAUUAUGAGUCCCUCGGUUACUCGAACCACAUUGUCGUCGAAGCCCUGAAGCGCACGUCGAUGACACCAGGCGGGCUCGCUCCUUUGGUGAUGCAGAGCCUCAAGGAUGGCCAGGGCGUGCCGACUCACCACCAAGGCGUCUGGACCGACCGAGAUGAUAAAGGCCUGCGGAUGGUGGACAAUGUCAAUGUCAAGGACGUGGUUUCGACGCCCAGGGAGUCGAGGAAGGCGAGCAAGGAGCUUGCGCGGCUGACCCAGAAGCACGGCCUGGAGGGCAUUCAACUCCGGCGGCUGUUUUUGGAGGCAGAUACGGCCGGUGAAGACUGA